CACAACACAAAGGCAGAGCACAGCUGAGGAAAAUGCCUAAUGUGUUAACCUCUGAUACCCACUGGAACAUCACAGAUCCCCUUCUGGGAUGGACAGCUGGGCCUUGCUCAGCCAGCUAUCUGUGUAGGAGCUAGGACAGCAAACCAAGUAUGGUGGCUCACACCUGUAAUCCCAGCACUUGGGAAGCUGAGGCAGGGGGACUGCUAUAAAUUCAACUCAGCCUGGUCUAUAUAGUGAGUUCCAGGCCAGCCGGAGCUACACAGCAAGACCUUGCCUCAAAAGGAUCCUGCUAGCAAGUGCCAUUAUUGGGCCAGGUUAGGAGGUUCUGUCAUGCCCACAAGCGUUCCAGGAAAGGCUCCAAGACUUCACGCCCCUUCCAUCAGUCAUGCCUUGACCUAGUUUCCAAUGAGAAGAUGAACUCUUGGUAGCGGGAAGGUGAUGUCCCCUCCUGGCCCUCCCAUAGUGCUCCAGAUGUUGGUGUGCAGUGAACAGUUCAACAAUACAGGGGUUGGAGCACAUAUCUGCCCCGCUCACUAAGUGAGGACAUUGAUGACUGGAGAUCCUUCCCAAGACCAGUCACGACGACUCCACAAGAAGACAGGGCUGCUCCUUAAUGGUUGUACUGAAAGAUGUGAAACUCUUAAAGGUAUAAGCAGUAUGGUUAUUUCUAUUUUACAGUAGCGUUCCUGGCCCAGUGCUCUUUCCACUGCUCUGACCCGCGGGGCAGGUCUGCCACCUGCCGUUAUGAUAGACCAGGAUCUCCAAGUGGUACCACUGCUGGGGACAGCUCCUUGCUCCCUUCCCUAUCAUCCUAUCCCCAUUCUGGGCACAGAACUUUUCCAGCUUACGCAGCGUGUGCUAACUGUGAGAGAGCAGAGAGGUGCCAGCAAGGGUCAGAUGUCUUGAGGCGGAGGAGGUGACAGAAUUCCUUUAUGGAGUUCCUCUGUUAGGUGAUGCCAAACACCCACAGAGUACCAGGAGGGGGACUUUUCGCUUCACUUUAGCCUCAAGGAGAAGCUUUGAGGGCUGCUGUAAAAGACGACAAGAUAACAGAAAUCUGGCGAAGGAGGGUCUUGGGAACCACUUUUGCUGUGGGGCGGUGCCACACGCCAGGUUGCACAAAAACUGCGGUGGGCUUCUGCCAAAACUCCAGUGAGGCAGUGACCACCCCUGGUGGCUUUGGGGGCGGAGCUUGAGGAGGGCAGAGCUCUGGGGCGGGGCGAGCUCAGCGCCUCCAGCGGGCUCCGCUGCUCCGACGGUAGUUUAAAGGCUGGAAGGCGGGCUUCUCUAAUACCAGAGUGCCAAAGAAGAACCCGCUUGGCACAGCCAUGACCGGGCGGACAAGGGGCUCUCGGCUGCUUCGCAGUCUCCUCCUCUUCGUGUUGUUCACUGCUGGCGUCGCUCCCUUCAAUUGGGAUCUCCCGGAGCCCCGCAGCCGAGCCAGCAAGAUCCGAGUGCACCCCCGGGGCAACCUCUGGGCGACCGGUCACUUCAUGGGCAAGAAAAGCCUGGAGCCCCCAAGCCUGUCGCUGGUGGGGACAGCACCUCCCAACACCCAGAGGGACCAGAGGCUGCAGCUGAGUCACGAUUGGCUCAGAAUCCUCCUGCUAAAGAAAGCUUUAGGCAUGAACCCCAGUGGCCCGGCUUCCCCAAUUCAGGAGGUUGCUGGAGCCAGUUCUGAAGAAAUGAUGCCAAUAACGGGAGGAACACAACACGGCUUAGAAUGUGUCCAUCCAGGGCAGCUGCUGAACGGACGUAGAUCCUAAGCUCAAAUGUGUUACUCCCUUACCGUGAUUUCUGGUUGGCUCACCAGGAAUGUUGACGGUGCAGACAUUAAGACUCUCCUGCUGCAUUUCUUGCUUCCCUGGUGAAGUUGCAAAUAA